CCCCGGGAGGUUUCUGGCGGCGCCGGCGCCAUUUUGCCUGAGCGUGCGAGCUAGUGGGAGUGGAGCGCACCGGCCGUUGUAGCCGUCGCCUUCCUCCUCCCCACAGCCCAGACAGCGGGGUGACUAGGCCGUCGGCCCUCGAGCCGAGACUUAGAUCUCGUUUUAGUUCUCGGGAGCGCCUGGCCGACAUGAGCGAUGUCGAGGAGAACAACUUCGAGGGCAGACUUCCCAUCUCUGCUCCGAGGUGCGGGUCCCCGGCGCGCUGGGGCAGGAGGCGGCGGGGCGCUCCCUCCGGCCGGAUAGUGGAGUCUCGCUCUCAAUCAAAAUCUCCAACGGGAACUCCUGCUCGAGUAAAAUCAGAGAGCAGGUCAGGAUCUCGUAGUCCAUCAAGGGUUUCCAAACAUUCUGAAUCCCAUUCUCGGUCAAGAUCAAAAUCCAGGUCAAGGUCAAGGAGGCAUUCUCAUAGACGCUACACUCGCUCCAGGUCCCACUCUCACAGGAGACGAUCUCGAAGUAGAUCCUACACACCAGAGUAUCGGCGGCGGAGGAGCCGGAGUCACUCUCCAAUGUCUAACCGUAGAAGACACACUGGCAGCAGGGCAAAUCCAGAUCCUAAUACUUGCUUGGGAGUAUUUGGCCUCAGUUUGUACACAACCGAGAGAGAUCUUCGUGAAGUAUUUUCUCGAUAUGGACCAUUGAGUGGUGUCAAUGUGGUUUAUGAUCAGCGAACUGGGAGGUCACGUGGAUUUGCUUUUGUGUAUUUUGAGAGGAUAGAUGACUCUAAGGAGGCCAUGGAAAGGGCAAAUGGGAUGGAGCUGGAUGGUAGAAGAAUUCGUGUGGAUUAUUCUAUCACCAAGAGAGCGCACACACCUACCCCAGGCAUUUACAUGGGCAGACCAACUCAUAGCGGUGGUGGCGGCGGCGGCGGAGGAGGUGGCGGUGGCGGGGGAGGUGGUGGUAGACGGCGAGAUUCUUACUAUGAUAGAGGAUACGAUCGAGGCUAUGAUCGAUAUGAAGAUUAUGAUUACCGCUACAGAAGGAGGUCGCCUUCUCCUUACUAUAGUCGCUACAGGUCUCGGUCAAGAUCUCGUUCCUAUAGCCCAAGACGCUAUUGAUAAUGGAGUGAUUGUGCCCAAGGACUUUUCCUUUUUUCUGUCUUUUUUUUUUUUUUCUUUUUGAUUCUGGAUUUCCAAUGCUUCCUAGAAAAAAAAAAAAAAUCCCUGGUUUAUUUAAUCUAUGUGUGGCCAGUUGUGUUGCUGUUUUCCACCCUUUGUUAAACUCUUAAGGUGUCAUUGUUUUGUGUAGUUAACAACAGUGAAAAGGAACGCAGUAUUAUAAGCCUUGCGUUCUUUGCCUUUACAAAAGAUUAACUCCUUACUAUUAGGAAAGACGGUCUUUUGAAAGCUUGUGGCAGAUGUAGACAGAUUAGAAAUCUGGUAUUACAAACUGCUUUCUAACCUUUUGGGAAGAUAAAUAACACUUUAAGUAGCUCAGUCAUGUUGGGUGUGUCUGGAGUGGCAUGGAGCAGUCCAGUAGUUGAGUGUAGACAGUUGGAUGCUGUAGGAGGAAAUAUGGGAUUUUUUUUUUCAGAAUGUAACUUUGAACCUAAAAAUUAAGUCACCUUUUAGAAAUUAAAAAGCUUGUAAUUUCUAUAAGACAUGUUGUAUUUGAAGUUACAUGUUAAACCUUAUAAACUUAAAGUGUGAUUUUUUUUUUUUAAUGUUAAAUUUACGGAAAGUUAAGUAUUCCCUUAAUCACUGAAGGACAUUUAUUUAUUUCCUAGAACAAUUGUAUAACUCGCUGUUAGAAAUUUUGGUAUUGAGACAUCGGUUGUGUGGGUUAUUGUAUAGUAUAGAAUCCUAAAAUGUGGGGAAGAAUAAUUUCAAAUAAAAGUUAAUUUCAAAAUGA